CACGAAGCGCUUUGAUAGAUACCUUGCUUUUUGUUUACAUAAGAGUUGGAUACGUGGAUUGGAAAUCGCAUUGUUUUGUUUGCUUAUUACCCAAAUGUCCUUGAUUUCCAUGUAGUAUUUCUCGUUCAUUCUUUUCGUUCGUUCUAUACAUUCACAUUUUCGUCAAACUAUAGAAUUACAACAUCAAUAACAAACCCUUCAUUUCCAAUCAUGGGUUCCCCAGAUUAUUCACCCCUCCCUCGAGAAUCCACGGAUUCGGAUCGAUACAUUGCCCCAAGUUCGGAUGGAUAUCGAACAUCUGAGGAAUAUUCUCCUCGUACCUCCAAGAGUCGUACUGUCACCAUCAACUAUGUCCUUAUUCUCCGACUCAUGAACCUCGCAUUCGGAUCAGCCGCUUUCGCACUGUUCGUUACCUAUGGUUAUGAAAAGUAUAUCGGUGCCGAUGUCUUUCUCAUGCUCAGUUUGAUCUUUAAUACCGUUCGAAUCCUACAUACAUUUGUUUCAUCAGUCUUUCAUGUCACUGUUGAAAUUAGUCGUGGUUCAUGGCAGAGUAAAUUAUCUGUUAGACCAAAUGGAGCUAAAGCUACAAAUGUUGUGGAUUUCUUGUUGGCUAGUGGUUUAGCAUCUUCAACGAUUGGUGGGAUGGCGACUAGUUAUGAAAAUUAUCUAGUGGUUGAUGGGAUUGUAAUCGCCUUUUUCGCCAUGGCCAUACAAUACAUCAUAGCAUUACCGGUUCAAAACCAAACUUUUAUGCUCAAAUUUCACUUCCACAGAGAAAGCGAUGAGAAUCGAGAGGAAUUCCCAGGACAAAAUGAUGCUCAUCGAAUUAUUCUCAGAGACGACGGAAAUAGACAAACCCCUGAGAAUUUGGUAUAAUUUCGACUCAUCGACAUGAGAAUCUCGAAUAUCUAUCUACUGGUCCACUGGAAAGCUUAUAUUGGUUAUGAAAGACAGCUCUGCUGUUAUAUCUGUGGUUAUUGGGGAAGUAUUGAUUCAUAAUGAAUCGAAUUGACAAUUUGUUCUGCACUUCUACCUCGUCGUUCCUUGCGUAUUGAAGUAGAGGAGGGAAUUUACAUAACUAUCAUUUAUUUGGCCUCCACUCA